AUGGUGGCCAUCAACCAGAACAUGUUUGAGGCCGGCAUCACCACCGAUCGGCCCGGUGGUGCUUCGCUAAUGGUCCUGCCGCUCAACUUGAUCGCGCAGAUUGUCUCAAACGUCGACGACACCGGCGAUCUUGCCCGACUGUGCCGAACAUGUCGCGUUCUCAAUUAUAUGGCGCUUCCGCAGCUAUAUAAUAGCUUGACCCUCACCUCUUACGACAGAAUCCGUUAUCGUGGCGAGCAACCCGAAGGAAUCGGCAGUGCGAGCCCCUUUACAAUGGGGCUCAACGCGGUCAUAACUCGGUCUUAUGCGACCCUCGUGCGAUCAAUAACCCUGCGCGGUGGUUGGAAGGAACGCGAACUGGAGGAACAUGCGCAAGUUGGUCGCGUACCGGACUCGUCGAUGUUGCUGAACAUUGCGGUUCGGGCAGCGGUGGAUCGCAUGACAAACCUGGAAAGCUUCAGCUGGGAACUCAACACUAAAAUGCUGGAGACGGUGUAUUCGGGGUUAACGCAGCUGCCCAAACUCACCUCUUUAACGAUCCGAUUUCCGUCCACCCGUCAUCCACAGCCCACGUUCGUGCUUCCGGGCAUGCCGCACCUACGAUCCCUAAAAAUCACCGAUAUCGACCCUCUCUGCUAUCCCGAUGAUAUUGCGACCAUGUUGUUGAAGAGUAGAAAGCUCCGUGAACUAAAGCUCCACUGGUCACCGCGCAUGCGAAACGCACAGGAGCCCAGUGUCUGCCUCCACGAUUAUUUCCGGAAAUGUAUUGCCUCCAAACAACCUCUUCCGGUCAAGAAACUGUGCUUCCAGAAUAUGUACGCAUUCCACAGUGAGGAUUUCAAUAUCGCAUUCGAUCCUACCACUGUCGAAGACGUCGUGUUUCUGAGCGGGACGGACAGCCUCGGUUUGGUCAACACAUUUGUUGACAACAGCUGGCCUACCGUGGUACCGAAUAAAAAGCUCAGAAUCAAGUCGAUCCGAAUGGAUACGAUUUCGAAGCGCAACUCGGAAUUCCUUGGGAACUUCAAGGGCCUUCAGCGUUUAUACUUCGUCAACGUCACCGCCGAUUCCUCCGAUUAUCUCAAUUCCCUUCGGCCGACUCCAGGGUCAAACUCAUCUGCGCUUACAUCUCCCGCCUCAGAUUAUCCAAAUGGAAUAACGGUCAACUCUCCCUCUCCAGCCACAGCGGCAUCACCGGCCAGCCUGCUGAACAUCGCGUUAAAUGUACGGGAUAGUUACUUGGCGAAUAUCGCGACCAACCACGGUGCGACUUUACGCCAUCUGCUUUUAUCCUCUAAAUGGCCUCUGUCCACUGCCAUGAUCGCACGCCUGGUCCAUAGCUGUCCGAAUCUGGAACAAUUGGCCCUCGCAACGGAGUUCUCAAGCAUGGAAUCCCUUGGGAUGCUAGUCCCAUUCCUUCGGAAGCUGGUGGCCCUUCGGCUUCUGAUACCAGCGGGCUCCCCACCACCCCAAAACAGCUCGACAAGUAAUGGCGCAUCUCGAGGACAAUCGGCAGCGUCUUCGGAAAAUCCGCCCAGAGUCAACAAGGAUCUCGGCUCCACAGAAGGAUCUAUUGGAUGGACCAAAGCAAUCGAGGAUGCGUUGCUCAAAUCACGUAGCCUGGCUGAUUUGGUUGAAUUGGACGACGAGCUGCUUACAUACAUGAUGAGUUACGACCUCGCAGAUAAGAACGUCUUUGGAAACGUCAAAAUUGUCGGGAUGGGCUGGAAAGCCUUCGAGUUGCGUGAUUUCUACAAAGCUCCUAUUCUAUCGCGCGAUGAGUCUGUCGUGCAGUCACCGGCUGUUGACCUUUCAACCGAGACCGAAGAAGAAAAUCCUACCAAUGGGACCAACGGCGCCGGUGCUGAGAACCGCUCGCCAAAACAGCCAACUGCCUCUAACCCGACGUCUCCCAGUCUCCCUCCAAAUAUCCCUGACGCUGCUCUCACGUCAAAGUCUUGGACAGCACCAUCAAACCCGUUUUCAACCUUGGGGAAACGCACCCGGGGCGACGAUGAUGACGAGAGCGGUGUACGACAAGCCCCCCUUGAUCUCCGAGAGGACGCCAAUCAUCCCUCACCGAAUUUCCCUAAACGCGGAUGUUUCCCUCGCACAAUGACUGACGACGGCCAAGUCAUGAGACGAGACAUGCGGCGAGUUGGUUGGGAAGUCCUGCAACACUGGGAGAUCUGGGCACUGGAUGCGCAAGAAAUCUGA